AAGAGCCUCAAGCGGUGGAACAGAGGGUUCUCUCUGCUUGGGAUUUCACCCUCCCUGUCACACUGUCUCACAAUGUCAAAGAAGGGUGCCAGUAUUCGAGCUAAGGGAGAAAAGCCUGAUGCCUUAGCUGCCUUACAAGCUGCCAAUGAAGAGCUCAGGGCAAAACUCACAGACAUUCAAAUCGAGCUCCAACAAGAAAAGAGUAAGGUCAGCAAGUUGGAAAGGGAGAAAAACCAGGGAGUUAAGCAGAUCAAAGAGCACGAACAGCAUAAAAGCACAGUCUUGGUAACAGAACUUAAAGCCAAACUUCAUGAAGAAAAAAUGAAGGAACUCCAGUCUGUUCGAGAAGCACUUUUGAGACAACAUGAAGCUGAGCUUCUUAGAGUCAUAAAAAUUAAAGAUAAUGAAAUCCAGAGACUACAGGCCCUUCUUAAUACAGUACGAGAUGGGGCUCCUGAUAAGGUUAAAACAAUGCUUCUCACAGAAGCAAAGGAAGAGGCCAAGAAAGGGUUUGAAGUGGAGAAAAUAAAAAUGCAGCAGGAAAUUUCAGAGCUAAAGGGGGCUAAAAAGCAAGUGGAAGAAGCUUUAACUUUGGUCAUACAAGCUGACAAAAUUAAAGCAGCAGAGAUAAGGAGUGUCUAUCACUUACACCAAGAGGAAAUCAGCAGGAUCAAGAGAGAGUGUGAAAGAGAGAUCCGCAGACUGAUGGAGGAGAUAAAAUUUAAAGACAGAGCAGUCUACGUGCUGGAAAGAGAGUUAGGGGUUCAAGCCGGGCAUGCUCAGAGACUUCAGCUCCAAAAGGAGGCUUUAGAUGAACAACUUUCCCAGAUCAAAGAGUCUGAUCGGCAUCUGAGCAGCCCCAAACGGGAACUUCCUUAUGCAAGUGGUGCAGGAGACGCUUCAGAUCAUUCAGGAAGCCCCGAACAGCAGUUGGAUGAAAAGGAUGCCCGUCGUUUCCAACUUAAAAUUGCUGAGCUAAGUGCAAUCAUCAGGAAGCUGGAAGAUCGGAAUGCACUGCUGUCAGAAGAAAGAAAUGAGCUUUUAAAACGUCUGAGAGAAGCAGAAAGUCAAUAUAAACCCCUCCUGGAUAAAAAUAAACGACUCAGUAGGAAGAAUGAAGAUCUGUCACAUGCCUUACGCCGAAUGGAAAAUAAAUUGAAAUUUGUAACACAAGAGAACAUCGAAAUGAGGCAAAGAGCUGGGACAAUAAGGAGACCGAGCUCUUUAAAUGACCUUGACCAUAGUCAAGAAGAAAGAGAAGUUGAAUUUCUGAGACUACAAAUUCUUGAACAGCAAAAUAUUAUAGAUGAACUCUCUAAGACUCUUGAAACUGCUGGCUAUGUGAAGAGUGUAAUAGAACGUGAUAAGCUUUUAAGGUACAGGAAACAAAGGAAAAAAAUGACAAAAAUUCCUAAGAAGCCGGUGGUGGAGACAUUUUUUGGCUAUGAUGAAGAAGCUUCCCUUGAGUCUGAUGGUUCUUCUAUCUCAUAUCAGACUGACAGAACAGAUCAAACUCCUUGCACUCCUGAUGAUGACUUGGAAGAGGGUAUGGCCAAAGAAGAAACAGAACUGAGAUUUCGGCAGUUGACAAUGGAAUAUCAAGCUUUGCAACGGGCAUAUGCUCUGUUGCAAGAACAGGUCGGAGGAACAUUGGAUGCAGAACGAGAAGUUAAGACGCGUGAGCAGCUCCAAGCAGAAAUACAUAGAUCCCAGACUCAAAUAGAAGACCUAGAGAAGGCACUUGCUGAGCAGGGACAGGACAUGAAGUGGAUUGAAGAAAAACAAGCAUUAUACAGAAGAAAUCAAGAACUUGUAGAGAAGAUAAAACAAAUGGAAACAGAAGAAGCUCGACUAAAACAUGAUGUCCAGGAUGUUAAAGAUCAAAAUGAACUCCUGGAAUUCAGAAUACUAGAGCUUGAAGAGAGAGAAAGAAGAUCACCUGCUAUCAACUUUCAUCACAUUCCUUUUACUGAAGGGAAAAGUCCUCUCCAAGUUUACUGUGAGGCAGAAGGUGUAACAGAUAUUCUAGUAGCAGAGCUGAUGAAAAAAUUGGAUAUUUUAGGGGAUAACGCCGUAAGUAAUCUGACCAACGAAGAGCAAGUGGUUGUCAUACAAGCAAGGACAGUUCUCACACUGGCCGAAAAGUGGCUACAGCAGAUAGAAGUGACAGAAUCUGCACUGCAGCAAAAGAUGCUAGACCUUGAGAAUGAAAAGGAGCUGUUUAGUAAGCAAAAAGGUUAUUUGGAUGAUGAACUUGAUUACCGGAAACAGUCCUUGGAUCAAGCACACAAGCAAAUUCUGGAAUUAGAAGCCAUGCUAUAUGAUGCCCUGCAGCAAGAAGCCGGAGCCAAAAUCUCUGAAAUUCUUUCACAAGAGGAGAAAGACAAGUUGAAGAGUGCUGUAGAACAAUGGAAACGCCAGGUUAUGAGUGAACUCCGAGAGAGGGAUGCCCAGAUUCUGCGUGAAAGAAUGGAACUCAUUCAACAUGCACAACAGAGAAUUAAGGAGCUAGAAGAAAGAAUUGAAGGUCAAAAAAGACAAAUAAAAGAAUUAGAGGAAAAGUUUUUAUUUUUGUUUUUAUUUUUCUCUUUAGCCUUCAUUCUUUGGUCAUAG